UUGACGCAGGUACUUGAUAAUAAGUUAUCAGGUGUUCGCCGAUAAAGCGCUGGCGCCAUUUCUUUAGGUGUCGACCUGGAUUCCCGUCUCUAAUAUUCUUCCAUUCAAAUUGUAAUUUCAGCAGGUAAUCGGGAAAUUCAGAUUAACGAAAUUAACCAGCUCUACUCCAUCUGCUCUGUAUUUUCACAUUAAUCGCUAUACAUUCAUUUGAGAGCCACACAAUAAUAUCCCUCGACUAAUUCGACGAACGUAAUAGGAUGAACAGGUACAGAAGUACAUGUCAGCAGUACCACAGAGAGAAACGUAUAAUUUCGAAGCGCAUAAUCAGAUGCAAAUAAUCCUGUUAUGUAUUGAUAUGCAGCUCCGACUAGAUACGUAACGAGUGUGUAAUCAGAAUGCAAAUAUAGCUGCAAUCGCAGACACACAGGUGCGACGAUAAUAAACAGACGUGCCCCCGGCGAGAGCCUUCCUUCGGAUUUCAUCCGCUGACAGUCGCGCGGAAAGGGCUCGAGGGCGCUAAAAUUCGUCGCAAAAGUUUCAUAUAUUCUCAUGAGUUCCGAAGAUACAACUGACAAUGCGUCGGCACUGGCGGCAGCAAAUUCCUCUGGCGUGGCCGCGGAGACGAGGACGUGGGUCCAAUUUGAGGAGGAGGCAGAUUCGAAGGUGGCUACCGGCGCCGAGAGAAAAGCCACCAACAGUAGCGCACCCGCCGUGAUAAAGCCCGAGUCAGUUACCGUGCAGGUCGACAAAAUCGGCAAGAGCAUCGACCCGCCUGAUAUUAACGAUAAGAGAACCAAUGAGUAUAGAGGUGCUGUGAUAGCAACCGAAUCCGUCCAGAUUAACUUAGAUAGAUCAGGUUUAAGUCGUUCCAUCACGUCCGAGACGCCGGAUCUCAAGUUGCCGUCCGACGUUCGAGCAUCGACGGAGGCCAAGAGCGCCUCUCUGAAGACCAUCGAUCUGCGGGACGUGUCCAACGGGAGAAACGCGCCGAGCAACGUUAUAAGUACGUCGAUCGGAAACAUCAGACAGGGUUUCGCCAACGGCGACACCAUCGUUACUCUCCUGCCAGUGAAUACUAGGUGGCCGUGGAUCACCCCGGCCAGAUUCAGGCCGGAAUUGGUGCCGGAGGAAUUGAUGGCGCAGGGAUUAACCCUUACAGUGGAAGAUUACGUUCACAUAAUGGAGUUACUUGUGAACGAUGUACGCUUCAAUAUGUAUAACAUUUGCUACAAGAGGAUUCUCGUCCUUUGGAUAUUUACCGCCUUCGUUGUGCUGCUUGGUCUAUUGUUCUCCGGUGUGACUGGCCUCACUUUGUUCGGACUCGGUGUUAUGUGGUUAGUCCUGAAUGCAGCCGCAAUAUUCUUCUGCAUGUUCAUCAAGAUAAAGCUCAAUCACAACCUUGAGAAAUGUAUGGCUCAAGUUAACAAACAUUUAUUAAGGCAUAAAAUAUUGCUGGGAUUGGACGACAGAGGGAAGAUAUCCUGCCAUAAAGUCAACCUGUGUUUUAUAUACUUUGAUACUACAGAUUGCGUUAAAAAGCUACAGGAAGUAAUAGAACGGGAAGAACGCGAAGGUAGAGUAAUUGGUGGCGAUGAUGCAAGCGAUUUAAGUCGACAACGAGAAUUACAACAGCGUAUGGACAUCGAUGACAGUGACAUUGUUAUACAAGGCAGUACCACUACAAGAAUCUCUCGUAAACAGGAACGGGCGGAGUUGCUGUUGCUGAGGUAUGCGUCUCGAUGGGCACGUCACUUCGUGCGACGCAGACUUGAUCUGGUUAUAGACUCGCAGGAACGUGAUAGAGGCGUUACGGGUCUGUCUGUUUCACCGCGCCAUUGUGUCUCCGCCCGUUGCCCUUGUCAAUUCAUUGAGGACCAUCUUAAACACAAGCCGAGAGGGUAUCCACCAGGAUUUACGUGGUGUGCCUACCUUAAUGAACCUGUGAGCCGAUUUGAUAUGGUACCAAGUUUCUCCCAUUAGUUUCCCUUACAGAUCGUGUUGAUAUAAUAUCAUUUCCUUUACAUUUAUAGAGAGCUAUAUAUCAUAAAACAAGACAUACCGUUACAUGUACAAAGAAAGCUAUUUGCGCGUUAAUUUUAAUUGUAUACUUUAAUUGUAUACCUUCGUUGGCGCAUUUUUUUUUAGAAUAGCUAUUUAAGCGAGUUUAUAUUGUUAUCAGAUUUUAUAAACCUAUAUAUUUUUUAUAACUAUAUUCUUUGAUAUCAGCAAUAACUAAUCUGUUUUUGAGCUUCUGAUCAUUUUUUAAAUGUUAUCUUUAAUAUAUUGCUCAAUGGCAUACAGUGUUUUAGUGGUUUAAAUUAUCGGUUAAAACUGCUUGAUCUCUUAUUCGGAAACUAUUCGCAGAAAUAAUGAAAUAAUUUUCUGAAAUAGUUGUGCGCACGAUACAGUAUUAUGAGGUAUAAAUAUCGUUACUCGUACCAAUAUAUUUUUCUUGUAUAUAAUUAAGAAUUAAUAUAAUAUAAUAUCUUUACAUGUGUAAAGAUAGCCGCACAUUUAACAGGCAACACUCGAUAAUCUCUCUCAUUCAAAGAGUUAUAAAAAAAAUUUCAAACGAAGAGUGUGCCGUUUCAUAAGAAAACUAUAAUACGAGCUAUAGAAAACAUUUAAAAAAUAUACAAUAAAAAUGUAUAAUUCUCACCUUUUUUAUCAUGUUAUUCGAUCAAGUAAAACAUACAGUGCAAUUUUUAUCUAAAAUAAUUUUUGAUAACUCUGAAUAACUGAGGACUAUCGUACGGUUCCUUUUAAUUGGGCUAUUUCGCAUAUCUUUAAUACAUAAAGAUAUAAUGUAAGAGUAACCCGUAAGUUUUUACACGCAGGAGGCGAGAGCAAAUCAUAAAUCUUUAUAAAUGUUAUCCAUAAAUGUGAUAAUUAUAAUUAUCGUAGCAUCGUGCUACAAGUAGUGCUAGACGUUAAGUUGUUAUUGUGCCUUGUCAUAAAUUUCGUUGAAAUUGUUCUAUGAAAUACGAACCAUUUAAUAGCGUAUCAAUCUGUGUAACCAUAUACUGUUCAGUGUACCAAUACGUAUGAGCGUACGCAAACGCGUAUCAGUGUUAAGAACAUAAGAAGAUUAUUGACAAAGAUUUUAUCAUUAAAUAUUUAUUAUACACGA